AGGAGGGGGACUGCAGUGUAUUUCCUUAUCAAACCACAGAUCUGAGUUUCUAUUUAGCAUCAUGUCCGAAAAAAAACAUUUAAGAAUGUGGUGCAGACUUGGACUUUCUCAGACAUCUGCAACAGCUGGUUAUCAAAGCUUGAAGAUCAGCUUCAGAUCAGAAACCAUGAGGGCAUCUUCUUUGUGUCUGGUGUUCGGGCUGGUCCUGCUGAUGGCCCGGACUUCUGAGGCUGAGCCUCUUGCAAUUCCUCAGAGGUGCUGCUUUGAUUUUGUCGACUUUCAAAUUCCAACCCACAAAAUUAAGAGUGCGGUGAAGACAAGUUCACGUUGCCCUGUCCCUGCCAUUGUGGUUACGACACCUAGAACUGAAUUUUGUGUGGAUCCAGCAGAGGCUUGGAUGAAGAAAUAUAUGAAGGAGCAUCCAGCUUAAGAAAUAAACACAAUACAUUAUGCACAAAA